AUGUUUCGUAGGAAGUCGUCGCUGUUUGAAGCUCAAUUUGAUCUCUCUGGUUAUAUUGAAACAAAAUCAAACGCAACGAUAAAAGUAUGUACUGUACUGUCUGUAUACUAUCCCAUUCAGGUAUCAACUGCGCCACUUAUGUAAAUUAUUACCAGGACACCAUGGGUUAAUGUUAUUUGUAUUUUUAAUUAUUAGUUUUUGUCUCAUCCAUGUAAAGAACACAUGAAACUGCAAGCUGUUGUACUGAAAGUUGAACGGUGCAAGCCAAUUUCAUCUAUACAAGAGGAGCAGGUGCGCGCUAAUGUGACCGUUUUACUUUUGGAUACAAAUUGUGACUCAGCCGUAAAUGUAUUUUCAUUUACAACAAAAUUCUUAAAUACGAUGGCAAUCUCGUUACUUUGACGGAAACAUUUGUUGCAUAAUAAUGGUCAGUUACAGUCCGUAAUUGUUUCCAAAUACCGCCGGAACUACCAUCGAACGAAACAGUAACUGCUUAGCCUUAGAAUUCCAAUGUUUUUUCCAUAAUUGUAUGCAGGCACGUACGAUGAACAUUAAAGUAAUACAUGAAAAAAGCUCAUUGGAAUUCUGUUGUUUGUUGAAAGUACUCAAAGUAGUAGUAUAUAUAUAGUACUCCUUUUUGCCUUUGAGCAUCAAAAACAAUAACAUAACCGCCAUUACCAUUAUUGUUCAUCUUUCAUACUGUUAUUAAUUCAGUCAGGAGGUCCCGUUAAUCUGUCAAGUGUUAGACGUUAUCUUGGUUCAAUGGGCAGACCACUUAAUAGUGAUGCACAAAAGAUGUUACAGUCCAUAGAAAACUAUCAACAGGUAUUCUACUGUAUGUAGCCGAGGUUUUAGAUUACCCUUUGAUUAAUAUCGUUCAGACACCUGCGGAUACAACUACCCGAUAUAUUUACUGGUAAGCAUGGAGAUCUUAAGACUUUGGCUACAAACUUCCUGAUGCUAGUGCCUAGUGGGUAAUUCCAUGGUAGUGAUGACAUUUUUGGAAGAAAAAAAUUGUCAAGAAUUUUCAGAAGCUAUUGGAAACAAUUCUGAACUGAAAUAUAAAGUUGUACUUUAUAUGUAACAUGAGUGACGUAACAGGAGUCACGUGUAUUUUGUAGCAAUCUUUACUAUUGUAAUCCAAAAUAUAAAAUUUCUUUGUGUUGGUAGUUUGCCUAACAUAUAGUCUGUUACUUGACAGACAUUGUAUGUUUCUCCUUCCUAAGGUUCCCGGAGAAAUUCAAAAUAGUUAGGUUGUUGUUACCUCAUGUCACUUUGUCGUAACAAUGUAACAUGAGUCACAUACCAAUUUACGGCCACCAAUCUUAUCAUAUGUUAUAAUCAAAUGUUUAAUUUUUACUGUGAAUCAGUAGCUUACCAUUAUUUAUAUAAAAUGUGACAGAAAAAAUGUAUUAGUUAGUACACCAGAUCAAAAUUACUCUGAUAAUUUGGUUCAGAAUGUAACACGAGUCACCAUGGAAUUACCCUACUAGUGUUUUUCAGGUUAGCCGUGUAUCUCGCUGUCUUGUUAUCGUCGAAACCUACAGUGGCACGGACCGUUCGAGUUAAUAUCGUUCAGUCUCCUUCCUGGUUCUUUGCCAUAAUCUAGUAUGCCAUAAAGGCUUUGACUGGUCUUGUACGGUAUUCGGCAGCACAGAAAACCGAGCUCAACCUGACAAACAGUUUGCCGAUGGUGGUUUAAUAUAUGCAGGGAAGCGAUAAAGCGUAUUUACAUAGGUCAUAGCAGACAGAAAUGCGUGUAUGCACAUCUUGUCAGGUUUACAUCGUUUACAAAUUGAAUUUCAUUCAAAAUGUUACAAGGUGCCUAUGAUGGAUAAAAACUCCAGACCUUUCUCAGACCUUUACCUGGUUAUUCUCUAGGUUUAUUGGACAUUGAAAGUUUGCAAACUUGUUUAUAAUUCUAUUUAUAAUUCUAUUUGAAAAUAAUAAUGAACUCUGAGAAAACGAAAUGAUCCACAAUAUUUCUUUAUCCUUUUUAGAGUCCAGCUUUCAAAGCGCAGCAGAUGCUGUCUUCUCAGGCAGCGCUUUUACAAAACAUUGCACAAAGCAGAGGAACUGAAGCAUCUAGAGACAGUCAGAUAUCGCGGCAAGAGGAGAAAGGUAUUAGAUGAAUGAUAAAACUUACAGUAUAAGAUGCAAGUGCAGGACUCGCUAAACCUGGAGCUUCUGAACCUGACCAUAACCCUAUCCCUACCACACCCUAUCAGGGUCAGGGUGUGUUUUCACUGCAUUCCCCCUGUCGUUGUUAAGUGUCUUGCAGUUAUAUGUAUGACUAAACUUUUUUGUAUAGUGGUUUCGAACGAAGAACGCCAUCGUGCUCGCCAGCCAGAGGAAGACAAAUCAUUCAUGAACAUGCUUUCACAACUGGGUUUAAAAGAUAAACCAAUCGGUGACCAAAAAUCGUCGGCGACUGAUACAUCGUCGAGCCCACAAGCACGUUGGGCAGCGUACCUACAAUCACGAAUACGCGCAAGUAAAAGCACGUCACCGCAAUCACCCGAGAUACCGAGGUCAAUGUCAUUUGAUGGAUAUUCAGGAGUUAACGAGGAUAUGCGGAGUAAAAGAACCAGACAACGACCCCUUUCAGUUGGCUGUGUCGGUGAAGGAGGACUGGAUCGGGGUUUUAAUCCUGAACAACUUCGAAGGAAAUGGUUGGAAGAAGGGAGUCACAGUCAAAGGUGAGCUAGCCCGCGUGCAGGCCCAAGGGAAAAAUACUUUUCCCUUGGGCUUGCACGCGGGCUAAAGGUGAGCUGGACGGCUAGCCCCAUUUGAACUCCUUGAUUUUGUCUGCCCGCACAGUUUAAAUGCUAGCAGACAAGCUGAUCCAGCAGACAGGCUGAUCAGGUAUUAAAGUUCAAAUAACCGCAAUCCCCAAUAUAAGCCACCGCUGAAUUAAAAACAUUCUUUCAACAGGUGUGGGACUUGCGGAUGUCCCGGAUGUAUCUCCGUCUUCAACUCAAUAUCGACGAAUAUUUUUGCUGCGGAAAAAAGAAUACUGGAAAAAACGGACGAGAAAUUCGCGCAACUGCGGGACGAUAUGAACUCGAAAUUUCAAUUACUUUAUCAACUGCUAGACAGAAAACAAGUCAUAAACGAUGAGGAAGACUAAUGUGUAUUACAGCA